AUGAGAUUCUUGAACACGUCGCUGUAUGAUCAACGCAAGAAGAAGAUACAGAAGAAGACUCCCGAACAAAGAGAAGCAGAGUUCAUGUGGAGAGUCUUCGAUCUUGUCCCAAGAAGAAAAAGAUCCCUUCGAGUACACCAAAAACAUCCCGACUACUCAAAAGUCCCAAGAAGAACACGAACUCCUUCCACAUACACCAAGACUCCUCCGAAAUGGAUCAUCCGUGUAAUGAAAGACAUGAAGAUACUCGAUGAUGAUGAUCCAAAGCUAAUCAUAGAGAAAGCUCUUGACCUAAACGAUUUCGAUCCACUCCAAAACCGUCUCUCAAUCCCUUUCGAAAGCUUAAUCACUAAAGAUUUCUUGAACUGCGACGAAUCAAGAAUCAUUGGAGACGAAGGUAUCAAUAACGAUGGAAAGAUUGGUGUAGGAGCGAUUCUUGUGGAUCAAAGAACAGAACAGUGGAAUGUGGUUUUGAAGAAAUGUGUUGUGAAUAAUGAUUCAGCAGGGACAAGCUUGGAGAGCUAUGUUUUGGGUGGUGAAUGGAGUAAUAUCGUUAAGGCUAAUGGAUUGAGAGACGACGAUAACAUCGGUCUUUGGUGUUUCAGGGGCAGUGGAAUCCUCUUCUUGGCACUUGAUUUUGCAGGUGAUGCUGUUGAUCUUCUAGAGUAA